GUCCCUCUCAAGGAUGCCCCACCCAUGCACCGGACUCGGAGCUGGGCCUGGACUUGAAGCUUGCGGAAUUGGCCAAUGCAAGUUUGCCUCUCCACAAACCGGCGCUGCUUCCCGCGGUGUGACGAGAUCGUUCCAGCGGUCGGAAACUUUUUAUUCCUUCCCUUCGUCCCCGGUGACGUUCAAGGUGACUCACUGAGUGACCAUCUCCAUUGAUAUUGAAACAGCGAAUCGAUUCCAAACGGAGCUCGGGAUAUCACUUCCCCCCACCAAACGGCCCUCCGGCCUGUAUUCAAUCUGCGAAGAUGGCAUCUCGUAGCCUCUUUGCCUCCUCGCCGGCAUGGCGCAGGUUAGCGACCCAAGCUCGAGAUGUCCCCCGCGUGGCACCUUCUAUCGCCACCCGGAACAGCAGCUCAACCUCAGCCAUUGCGUACAAGGCCAUCCGUCGCCGGCAAGCGCCCCUCCCGAUCGAUCAGCCACCAGCGUGGUCCGCUCAAGCGGCCGUCUCCAAUAUCCUCUACGAAACCCCGACCCCGUCCGCCGCCCCUCCCAAGCGGCACGUACUCAACUGUCUCGUACAAAACGAGCCCGGUGUGCUCUCGCGCGUCUCCGGUAUCUUGGCCGCCCGCGGCUUCAAUAUCGACUCGCUCGUGGUCUGCAGCACCGAGGUGGUGGAUCUCUCCCGCAUGACCAUCGUGCUCACGGGCCAGGAUGGCGUCGUUGAGCAGGCGCGUCGACAGUUGGAGGACCUCGUCCCUGUGUGGGCCGUGUUGGACUACACAGGAGCCCCCCUCGUACAGCGCGAGCUCAUCCUGGCCAAGAUCAACAUUCUCGGCCCCGAGUACUUCGAGGAGCUGCUCGCCCAUCACCGUGAGAUGACGGCCGAGAGCCCCGACGCCGAAGGCAACGGUCAGGAGGUCACCGACUCGAGCCUUGUGGAGGCGGCUAAGGACUUCCACCCAAGCAAACUCGUUGCCAGCGAGGCGCUCCGCCACAAGCACGAGCACCUAAAAAGCAUUACCUACUUCGCGCACCAAUUUGGCGGCAAGGUUCUCGAUAUUAGCACUAACAGCUGCAUUGUUGAGGUGUCUGCGAAGCCAUCCAGGAUAGACUCGUUCCUGAAGCUUAUUGCUCCCUUUGGCAUCCUGGAGUCGGCGCGCACCGGUCUCAUGGCCCUGCCUCGCUCUCCUCUGUACGGGCCUGACGAGGAUACGCACGUGAAGGAGGCGGACGAUGUUGUCGAUUACAGCCAGCUCCCCCCUGGCUAAGUAUUAUAGUGUGGCGUAGGUUGGGAAAAUGUAUUGGUCAUGUAUCAGUGGGCAACUGUUUUCAUGUGACUCAAAAUAAUUGAUCAAUAUGAAACUUAUUUUGGUAUUGUG